AUGGCAACGUUUAGUUUUCGUCGGCGCCCUCGAAAGUGCAGUCAUCCACUUAGAUCCUAUACAAAUUCGAUUCAAGAUAAGUUUCUGUAUUGGCCCCUGAUUGAAGAAAAAGUAACAACUUUGAAGAAAUCUCGUCAAUCUAAUACAAGAAAAAUUGAGGGGUCGUCAAAAAAUACUACCAGGUUGCCUAAUCUUGAUGAUCAUCGACAGAAAAUCAAUCAAGAGAAACGCAUGCAGGAAAAAUUACCUUUCAAGAACUCUACUGGAAAGCGACAUUCUGAAGUGAUACCAAACGGGAAAAGAACAGUGAAGAGGAAAGUAGUGAAUUCUGAUGAGCAGACUGUGUUGCAGAAUAAUGGGGAAGGCAAUGUUCAUGAAAAUCUUGUGCUGCGGAAUGGUAUUAAUAUUAAUCGUCCAUCAUCACAAGAACAGCCUGAGAAGUUGAAGAAUUUUGUGAGGGGUCUUGGAGAUACCGGGGACCCUGUUUUGGUGAUCAAGAAGAAACUAUACACAUCAGAUGUGGAUCCUGGACUUCAGAGAUUCUCAAUACCAUGUAAGCAAGUGGUGAAUGAAUUCUUGACAGAAAAAGAGAGGAAAAGAUUCAACAAAGGGAACAAACAAGAAGAAAUCGAUGCGAUUCUGAUUGGAUCAUCGUUUGUUCAAUAUAACAUCAAGUUGAGAAAAUGGUACAUGUCAAGUUCUUCCUCGUACGUUUUGGUGAGUGGUUGGAAUGAGUUCGUGGAGAAGAAUGGAUUGGAAUCCGGGAUUGACGUGCAGCUCCGGUCAUUCAAGAGGGGAUCGAAGUUGUAUUUUAUUCUGAUUAAGGUCUAA